GCAGAGCACGUUUAUAAAACAAGCCUUAUUUCUCUUGAGAAAUCAGACUGAAAACUAGUUUUAAACACCGAAUGAAAAACUGAAUUUUUUUUCGAUCGGUUUUUUUCGCCUAUCGAUUAAUGUAUCAUGUUGCACAGAGCAUUGGAAAAUGAAAGAGCUGUGAAAUGUUCACGAGCAUUUAAGUGUUUCAAGAGCUGAAGACCCUUGAUGAUUUUUAGUAGAAGUGUAAGCCCUGAAGCAUGCGGUGUGUGAAGGCAUUGCAGCUCACCCUCGCUGUCGUCAAACCCGAUGCUGUGGCCCACCCGCUCGUUCUGGAGGCUCUUCAUCAGAAGAUUCUCAAAAACUUCAUUAUAGUCCGAAAGAAGGAUCUGAUGUGGAGAACAGAAGAUUCAGAAAGGUUUUAUGCUGAACAUGCAGGACGUUUUUUCUAUCAAAGACUGGUUGAAUUCAUGGCAAGUGGCCCAAUGAGAGCAUACAUCCUAGCCAGGGAAGAUGCUAUCACUCACUGGAGGGGGAUGAUGGGUCCAACAAAAGUGUUUAGAGCUCGCUUCACUUCACCAGACACCCUGCGAGGCCAAUACGGGCUGACAGACACCAGAAACACUACUCAUGGUUCAGAUUCAGUUGACUCUGCCAAGAGAGAGAUUUCAUUUUUCUUUCCAGAAUUCAAUGCCGAUGAGUGGAUGUCGAGGGAAGAGCCACGUCUUAGGUUGAGACAAAUACAUACUCUCCAACGGGACACAUGAUGAUCACAUUUCGUAACAUGCUCCUCCUCUGCACUGUGGGGCCAGAAGAAGACAGCGCUUCCUGUUCUUCAGAAGAGAGGAUUGCAGGGGUGCUGCCAGGUUUCACAUCAUUCAGACCCA